UUUUUCCUUGUUCCAUUAUAAAAAGACCUCUCUCUCGGAAUCAGUUAGUUAAAAGCGAUCACAUAAGAAAGUUUCCUCUUUUCAUCAAAUCGUUCCCAGUUUUUCCCGAUCAUAUCCAAUCAACAUGGAGAGAGGUCGUUACCGUGGAGGUCGUGGACGUGAUGGCCGUGGCAGAGGCGGCGGAGAUCGCGGUCGUGGCUAUGGUGCUGGCGGCGGAGGAGAUCGAGGUCGUGGUUAUGGAACUCGCGGCGGCGAUUUUGGAAAUCGUGGGCAGAGUUCCGGUGGAAGUGGUGGCGGAUACGAUCGGAAUCAAGAGGAAGUCCGAAGCCAGAGUCAGUGGGGACCACCGCCGGGUCACGGUGGCCGUGGGGCACAGUCGCAGCAACAGGCGGUCCAACAACCGCCACAGGCUCAAGUGAGUCAACCAGGAGGCGUCGGCAGAGGCGCGUGGGGUCGUAAGCCACAGAUUUCUUCAGAUACGGCGGCGGCUGUCCCGCCUUCUUCUCCGUCAACCGUCUCAGUUUCUGAAACGGCUCGUGAAGCUUCUUCUUCUUCUUCGGUUCAAGUUGCUUCUACCGAGAGGAAAACACCAAUGAGACGUCCUGAUAAAGGCGGUGUUGUUGCUGUGCGUCGUGUAAACCUCUUGGUCAACCACUUCCGAGUCCACAUUGAUCCCGAAACUGUCAUUAAGCAUUACGAUGUUGACAUCAAACCAGAAAUUUCCACUAAGAAGAUAUCUAGGUUCGAGCUUUCCAUGGUCAGGGACAAGCUGUUCACCGACAAUCCCGGCGAGUUUCCACUCGCCAUGACCGCCUAUGAUGGUCAGAAGAAUAUCUUCAGCGCAGCGCAACUGCCUACUGGUUCUUAUAAGGUGGAUUUUCCCGAGACGGAAGAGACGAGAGCUCGAAGCUAUACGUUCACCAUCAAGCAGGUGAAUGAGCUCAUGCUCCGUGACUUGAGAGAGUACAUGACAGGGGGCUCGUCUCUCAACCCUCGUGAUGUACUUCAAGGGAUGGAUGUUGUGAUGAAGGAGCAUCCUUCAAAGUCUAUGAUAACCGUCGGUAAAAGCUUCUUCACCCGCGAGACUAAGAGCGAUGAUGAUGACUUAGGUUUCGGUCUUGCUGCUGCCAAAGGAUACAGACACGCUCUGAAGCCGACAGCGCAAGGUUUAUCCUUGUGCUUGGACUACUCGGUGUUGGCGUUCCGGAAGUCCAUGUCUGUCAUCGAGUAUCUGAAACAUUACUUUGACUGGUCUGAUUUGCAGCGUCAGUUCAACAGACGCGAUGUGGAAAUGGAAUUGACUGGGUUGAAAGUCACUGUCACUCACCGGAAGAACAAACAGAAACUCACCAUUGUAGGACUGAGUAGGAAAGACACUAAAGACGAAGGAUUCGAGCUAAUCGAUGAAAAGGGGAAUGAGCCGCCGAGGAAGACGUCCAUUGUUGAGUAUUUCAGGAUUAAGUAUGGAAAAGACAUUGUUCACAAGAACAUUCCCUGCUUGGAUUUGGGUAAAAACGGACGGCAAAACUUGGUGCCCAUGGAGCUGUGCAUUUUGGUUGAAGGACAGGUUUACCCAAAGGAACGCUUGGGUAGAAAUUCAGCCUUGUGGUUGAAAACGCUGUCACUAGUGAAUCCACAGCAAAGGCGGAGGAAUAUACUCAAGAUGAUAGAGUCCAAUGAUGGUCCUAGCGGUGGAGAGAUUAUUGGCAACUUUGGGAUGAAAGUCGAUACAGAGAUGACACCUGUGGUAGGUCGUGUUCUCAAGGCUCCGGCGUUGAAGUUGGCAGAGAGAGGCAAACCUGUCCGUGAGGAACCGGGACGUAACAAUCAAUGGAACCUUAUGAAGAAGGGAGUCACGAGGGGUUCAGUAGUCAAGCAUUGGGCUGUUCUUGACUUCACUGCCUCUGAGAGGAACACCAACUCCAGGAUGGCUGACAACUUUGUGGGCCUGCUUAUUAAUCGUUGUAAGACACUUGGGAUGCAGCUGAGGGAUCCCAUCAUUUUCAAAUCAGCAAGAAUGAAUUUGCUUUCUAAUGCUAAUGCUCUCGAGGAUUUGCUUCGACAAGUGAUUGACGAGGCUAAGCAUAACCAUGGUGGGGCUCGCCCAACUCUUGUUCUGUGUGCUAUGUCUGGGAGGGUUGAUGGCUACAAGACUCUCAAAUGGAUAGCCGAGACCAAGCUUGGUCUGGUGACUCAGUGUUUCUUGACCAAUUCCGCCAGUAGAGGAGGUGACCAGUAUCUGGCAAAUCUCGCCCUCAAGAUCAAUGCAAAAGUUGGCGGAAGUAAUGUUGAGCUGAUGGAUAGUGGCUACUCUUUCUUCAAAAGAGAGGACGAGGUCAUGUUCAUUGGUGCUGACGUCAACCAUCCUGCUGCUCGAGACACGACGAGCCCCUCCAUUGUUGCUGUUGUGGGCACUCUAAACUGGCCUGAAGCUAACCGUUACGCAGCUAGAGUCAUUGCACAGCCUCGCCGGAAAGAGGAGAUUCAAGGAUUUGGUGACACGUGCUUUGAGCUUGUUAAAGCUCAUUAUCAGGUCACAAGGAAACGGCCUAACAAGAUUGUUAUCUUCCGUGAUGGUGUCAGUGAUGGUCAGUUCGACAUGGUUCUUAAUCGUGAGUUGCUUGAUGUGAAGCUUACUUUUGAGAGGGACAACUACUUCCCCAAGAUUACUGUAAUCGUGGCGCAGAAACGUCAUCAAACCCGUUUCUUCCCUGAUACACCCAAUGACGCAAGUGACAAGGGAAAUGUUCCUUCAGGUACGGUGGUCGAUACCAAAGUCAUCCACCCGUUUGAGUACGAUUUCUACCUCUGCAGUCACCAUGGAGGCAUAGGGACAAGCAAGCCCACUCAUUAUUAUGCCCUUUGGGACGAACUCGACUUCACUUCAGAUCAGAUGCAGAAGCUUAUCUUCGACAUGUGCUUCACUUUCACUCGCUGCACCAAACCUGUGUCUCUCGUUCCUCCAGUCUACUAUGCGGACAUGGUCGCAUUUAGAGGAAGAAUUUACCACGAGGCGAGUUCACGGGAGAAGAACAUUAGGCAGCCACGAGGAGCGCCUCCCCCACCGGCCGAUUCACUUUCUGCUCUGACUUUGGAGGACAAAGCAAUAUUCAAGUUGCACAAGGAGCUUGAGAACGUUAUGUUCUUUGUCUGAAAAAAAAGGUUUGGGGGGUUAUUAUAUUUGUGUUUUUGGGUACCUAAGCUGAAGUUAAAAAUGCUAUUAUAUUGAUUAUCGUAACAGCCCCAAUAACGCAGUUUUACUCUUUCUUCUGGUAGAAAGGAGUUUGUGCGUGAAUCUAAUUGGGUUUAUUGUAGUGUGUUUCUCUUUGUUUUAAAGUCUUUGUGUUGAAAUCAGUUUGUGUUUGGUAUUGUAUUGCUCUUUGGAGCAGAGACUGCAUUAUGUAAUGGUAUUUUAUUAUAUAAUUAUAUAAUUAAGAAUCUGGGUUUUAUUAGUA